AGGCAGCUCUACCGCGUCCCAGCAGCUACUUUAAGACCAGUUCAGCGUUCACAGUUCACAGCCCCAUUUCCGAUUCGCUACUUAGAAAAAUCACAAUUCCCCCAAAAUGAUGCAAGACAGAGCUCACGGAGGUACACCCCAUGGAAUCAUAAUAGCAGUAGUAGUGUGCACGGUGGUGCUUGCUCCCUUCCUCUUAGGGGACCAAGGCGAGGCCAUUACUGAAGCCAUUACCGAGCUCUUAAGCCCCGUAGGUCUCCUCCUCCUCCCCAUUAUCCUUCUCCUGACCAUCCAGUUCCUCUCCUCCGAUCGCGGCUCAUUUGUCUCCGCUAUCUUCUCUACCGGCGAACCUGACACCAUUCACCGAGUCAGUGGCUCACCUUUCGGCGUUGCUCUUUUUCUGGUUCUGAUCUUGUUUUUGCUUUAUAAUCGCAUGUCCAUCUUCGGCGGCGAUGAUGAUUCCGGCGCUUAAGUUGCAUGGAUCUAGCCUAGUAUUUUUAUGUUUAUAAAAAUAAAUUUCCUUUGUUGUAUACGGUACAGUAUGUACGUAGAUUUUUCUCGCAUAAAAACGGGAUGGUAUUUUUGUAUUUAGAAUUUUAGUUCGAGGGCGUUAUGGUAAUUGAAAGUUGUGAGAAGUGUAACUGCCAUGAAAAGUGGGAAGUUGAAGAUGAAAUAUCUGUAUUUUUUUAAUGAAAUGACAAAAUUGCCAUUGAUAUCA